AUGCAAUCAGAUGGUUCAAAAGAAAAGCUUCUACCCAAUACUCAUCAUCAUAACCAUAAUCACAAUACUAAUCAAUAUCCUACUGUACUACUUACAAACAGACAAUCUCCAUCUAAACUCAAUUCAUACUCUUCACAUAAACCAGUCAUGAUAAACGAUAAACCAAAUCGAAUUAAUCAUUCUGAACAUAGUAAUGAUAGUACAAAAGAUUUAUUAUCUCCUGGUGAUUUAGUAAAAGAUCGAUGGCGUAUUGUAUGUAAGUUAGGAGGUGGUGGUUUCGGUGAAAUCUAUGAAGCGAUCGAUACAAAAUUAGAACGUAUUCAACAUUCUUCCUCGUCCACCACCUCGUCAACAUCCUCUUCAUCACAUGGCAAUGAGUUGUUACAGUUGAAUUUAAAACGUCACAAUUACACUGAAUACUCGUUAUGUUUAAAUUGUGCAACUAACAGUACUCUGAACAUGCCAGUACAUUCAUUGCCAACUGGUCAAAAUGGUUCACAGGUUAUAAAAUUAAAACAACAAGAUAUUGGUUCAGAUAGUGGUAUAGCUGGUGUACAAGCGUGUUCAUUAGAUACGCCAUUUCAAAAUGGCGCGAGAAUUCAUUCUGCUGGUACAACGACGUCCGCCUCACUGUCAUCACGUCAUUUCAUGCAUACAUCUAAUGAAUAUAAGCCCAAUAGAAAUAAUAAUCAUCAUCAUCAUCAGCAAGAAGAUCGUUUAUUACAAAAAAUCAACACACAAGAUUUCACUGUGAGUAAUGCAUCGACUCCAAGAGAUAAUUUUGACAAAAAAAGUAUCGUUUGUAUGAAUUGUAAAUGUGAAUUACCAUCACAAGGAUGCAAUGACAAAUAUCCAAUGAAUUGCGGCAAAUAUGAAUCAAAUGGUGUAUCAUCAACAACUGAUUCAGAAAUGUCUAGUUUAAAUAAUGAUUUUUAUGAUUAUCGUGUAGCUAUUAAAGCUGAAUCAGUACGUCGUGCUAAACAAGUGCUAAGAAUGGAAGUAUCAGUGUUACGUCGUCUACAAGGUAAAUCAAAUAUAUGCCGUUUAUUUGGUUGUGGAAAGAAUGCUAAAUUCAAUUAUAUGGUUAUGACAUUACAGGGAAAAAAUCUUUCUGAACUACGUCGAACUUUACCCGGAGCAAUUUUUACACUUGGCACAGCUUUUCGUCUCAUUAAACAAUGUAUAAUUGCCUUACAAUAUCUACAUGAUGCUGGUUUCCUACAUCGUGAUGUAAAACCAGCAAAUUUUGCUAUACAACACGGUAAACCAAAAGAUAAUUCACAUCGAGUCCAAGUGACUCUGCUGGAUUUUGGUCUUGCCAGACAAUAUACAACCAAUGGACCAGGUAGUGAUGUACGCAACGCACGACAAAUUGUCGGAUUUCGUGGCACCGUCCGAUAUGCAUCAAUCAAUGCUCAUGCACAUCAAGAAUUAGCUAGACGAGAUGAUCUCUGGUCACUUGUUUAUAUGUUUAUUGAAUUCGUCUGUGGUCGUCUACCAUGGAAACGUAUACGUGACAAAGAAUUAGUUGGACAAAUGAAAAUAGCUUUAAAUCAUAAAGAAUUAGCUAUUAAAUCUGGUCUACCAAUGAAUAUAGUUAGUGUAUGGAUUACACAUUUAGAACAAUUAGAAUAUAAAACUAUGCCUAAUUAUGAAUUACUUAUCACAUGUCUAGAUGAAUGGUUAAUACAACAUCACAUAGAUGAAUCAAAUCUUUAUGAUUGGGAAAAUCCAUUGCCCGGUAGUUCACUUGUCAAUGAUACAAACAGUCACCAACAACAUCAACAACAACAACCUGGUACAAUUACACUUUAUAAACCUGAUCAAAAACCACUCUUCUCAGAACAAUUUAACCAUAAAGAAGUUAGAACACCGCAACAUUCAAUGAAUCAAAUGAAUGUAGACGAAAAUAUUGUUGAACAACUACAACAACAACAGAAUCAACUGAAAGAAGGCGACCAUGAAGUGGAGGAUGAAGAGUAUGUUCAUAAUAAAAUGAAUGAAACACUCAAACCGAAUACACUUUUACAAAUUGUGCGCGAUAAUCAAUUGUUGAAAUUGAAACAAUCUACAAUUAAUUUAAACAAUCGACAUUCAACUAGUCAAUGUAAUUUAAUAACAAAUAGUCGUUCAACUGUUGUCGAAAUUGGUAAAAAGUUUUAUGAUAAUAAAUUAUUGAAACAAAAGAAUUUAUUGAAAAAUUAUGGUAGUCUAGGCGUUGAUUUAUCAAGUCAUGAUGGUGAUAUGGAAAAUGCCAUAAUUGUUGAAGAAGGAGGUGACGACUAUUCACGAAGUCGACAUCAUCAUCAUCAUCAUAAUCAUAAUAAAUUAUCCACUGUACACAAUAGUGCUGACUGUAUUCUCAUCGACGAUGAUCAGGAGGAUGAUGUGAAAGCAGUGACAGAGAUGGAUCUUCUACCUGUGAACACCGUCAAUGAUGAUGAUGAUGAUGGCCAUAAACAUGCAUUAAGAAUGCCUCAUAAUCAACUAACUAAUUCUAAUGUCAUCAAGAAUUCCGUUGAUCAUUUUGAAGAAAAUCUAACUGAGAAUGAUGAGAAAAAUGUGGAGAUUUUACCCAACAAAUCUGAGUCAUCAUGCAUAAACGGGACCAAUACGCAGAAUAGUGAUAGAAAUGUCAAUGAUAUCAAAAUGAUGGAUACAGUGAAAGAAUGUUUAAAAGUUAUUUAUGCAAAACCAAUUCCGAAUGGACAAGAUCAAGUUUCGAGUAAAGAAACUAUAGGAUCGAUGAAAGAUCCAAGCAUUUCAAGAACAAAUCACAAUAUGAAAGAGGCAAAUCAAAGCAGUCAAGACAACAAAUCGGAUGUCGAUGGACAAAGUUUGUAUAUGCCAUCGGUAAACGCAAUGAACUCAUCUACCCUACCGCCAACUAGUGAUUGUGGUCGAACAAAUCCUAGAGAGAAAAUACAUGCUAUCAUUCAAAAUCUACUAGCUCGUCGUCAAAGUGAAGAGAAUGUUACAUCGAAAUUAAGCGAUGGAGCAACUUCUCGACGAUCACCUAAUUGGUCCGAAUCUAUAAAUAAUACACGUAAAUUUAGUGAAAUAAACUCGUCGAAUUUAGAUUUACGAGUAGAAGAUAGUGAUGUUGAUAAGUUGAUUUGUCAAUCAGAUCGUCAAUUAUUUGAUCAAACUUCCCCAUACUAUAUUCAUUUCGCUUUAGGUAAUAACACUACCGAUGAUAAUGAACAAUAUCAUAGAUUUCUAAGGGUACCUCGUAAAGAUCACCUCAGUUUGAGUACACUACGUCUUAAUCGUACUAGGAAAUCCGUUUCAUUUGAUCGAUCCAAUCCAACUUUUGAAUGCAAUUUCAUGCCAGAUAACAAACAUGAUAUGACAACUAGUUCCGAUCAAAUUUUAAACGAUCACCUAGAAAAUACAAGUAGAAGACAGAAUUUCAAUUCACAAUCAAACAACCAAUAUCCAGUUCCACGAACAAAACGUACACUUUAUCUAAAUACACAUUAUUCAGACCAGUCGAUAAGACAACCAACACAAAAUCUUUCCAUCAAAUCAAUCAAUAUUCCACAGAAUAAACAUGAAAAUUUGAAACUAUUCACAAAAUCAUCCUAUCAAACGAAUCUACCGAUUUUUGAAUCAACCGCCGAGAAUUAUCGACAAAAACUCAUUGAUAACAAACAUAAACAAUGUCAACAGAAAAUUAUGAAUUCAACCAAAUUACUCGGACCAACUAUACGUCCUGUAUUAGAAAAAUGCAAAACUAUUCAUCAGAAUCUUGGACGUACUAACAAUCUUAGUAGCCAUAACAAUGGUAUCAAUAAUCUGAAGAGAAGUGAAAGUCUAGAGAAAUUUAAAAAGUUCAAUUCGUUAGCUAAGACAUCGAAUACACAACAGCUGAAGGCUAAUAAUAAAGCUGAGAUUGUUUUAUCUGAUGAAAAUUAUGAACGUUCAGAGUAUCAUCAACAAACAUUUUUGAGGCCAAAUAUCACAACUACUAGCUCAACAAUAAAUCAACUUUUAAAAAGUCAAUGUCUAGUGAAAACUAACUCGGAAAUUUCCAAUGAUUCAGAGAUUAAAAAACUCCACACACAACAUGAUGAUAACCGAUCUAAGCGAAUGAUUGGAAAAGAUUCGAUGAUUACUGCCAACCAAUCAACUGCACAACCAAUUCGACAUAAUUAUUCACGAUCAACUUUAAAAUCAUCGAAUCUUUAUUCUGCAGAAAAAUUAUUACGUGGACGAAAUGAUGAUGAAGGUGAUGAUAUGAAAGAGAAACAAACAAGUCACUUAGUUGUUAACUAUGCUUAUUCCCCAUUGAAAUCAACUUCUGGCGGCUGUUUAUUAGGAUCAACAUCACCAACAACAAAUUUAACUGAUGAACGUUCUAUUCUGUCAAAAUCAAUUCAUUAUCGACAAUCAACAGAAACAUCCGCAUCACCAUCAUCAUCAUCAUCAUCACGCCAUCGUCGACGUCGUUUGAAUUCAAUUCAUGUUGUACCUUCGGAAUUAUAUCAUUAUCAACAACGUAAUCCACAAUUUCCUCUUUCUAUGUUUGAUAAUAACAAUACUACUACUAAUAAUAAUAAUUCUACUAGUACACCGUCACAUAUUUCUAAAGUGAAUUUACGCACAUUAAGAUCUCAAUCAGCUGAUAGAGUGUUAAAAUCACGAACAGCUUGUUGUACCACCACAAGCACAUCGUCGUUUCAAACAGCUUAUUUGUUACAGUCAACUUUAUCCAAUCAUUCUUCUUCAUUGUCACGUUCAAAAUCAAAACCAACUUCCAGGGUUACGAUGAAUGAUUUUCAAAAAACUUAUAAAUUGAAUUCGUUAACAUCUACAAAAAAGUUUUGAAACAGUCUGUGUGUAAGUGUGUGCGU